AUGUCCAUGUUGACAUGGCUCGAGGCACGACAGGCCCGCAUCAGUGGGCUCAACGCCCGUAUCGAACUUCAAGACAACGAUGUCGAAUUGUUGCGACUCGUCUUCGCCCCCGGACCCCAGCCACAAUAUAAUGCCACAGUUCAGGAUGGGGCUGCUGCUGCUGCUGACGAGCCGCCUCGGAGCAGCGGCACCGACGUUUUGGCAACGGAACCCAUGUGA